AUGGAUAGCGGCAGGUCGUUGUUCCGCUUCCAAAUGCCGCGCAUCGCACUUGGCGCGCACGCGCGUAGUUUUGGCAUCUACAUUGCUGGUGCACUGUUCGCUUCUGGUCUUUGGUUCUUCAUUGAUGCCGCUAUAUACAGCAAAGUUGCGAAUGCGGGCCUGGUACACGUAUCAUUUGUUGACUGGAUCCCGACCAUCUGCUCAGCGCUGGGCAUGAUCAUUGUCAACUCAAUCGACAAGUCAAAAUUGACGGGCGACAGCUAUGGAGAGAGCUCCCUUGCAUGGAAAGCGAAACUUGUCUUGUUUGUCGGCUUUGCGCUCCUUGCUGGCGGCCUUGCGGGAGGUCUUGUGGUGAUGAUUCUCAAGUACAUUGUCCCUGGCUAUCCCUUUCCAACGCUGUAUUUUGGCGUGGCGAAUGUCAUUUGCAAUGGCCUCAUCAUGCUCAGCUCGAUUGUGCUCUGGAUCUCCGUCAAUACAGAAGAUGAGUAUCAGUACCAGCUCCGUCUGUAG